AUGCUGGCGAAAAGUGUCACGUGUGGCACAGAGACCAAUGGUAAAUGGCGGACCCAUGAAUCUAAUUUUCACCCCAGUCAAGACAGCAUUACCCCUGGGUGUAUUAAUCUAUCGCCAGCAUGGUUUUUGCAAGGCCAUCCGGCUCCCAAGUUUCAUCCGGAAGUGUUGGCGACUCUUAAAGGGGAUGAUGGAAGGUCUUUCUGUCAGGCAAUACAAAGACUGGCGGUGCUCAUUGCUGCGGCCUUGAGAGUUAUGCACCCUAACCUCUAUUGGUCAUCAUUGGUAAUACAGCUGGGCCUUGGUCUCUGGGCAGCCGACAAGAAAUUGGAUGAAAUGGGUGAUCGCCUCAGAGAGUGGGCAUCCGUGUUUACAGCUCUCUCCAUUAUGUGCAACCGGCGUUCACCCUUCCACCAUGAUCCUCUGUCUCGUUCCCAGUGGUUCGACGUCAUGACCAGCGUCGGCAAUUAUGGAGGAGCAAGGAUGAAGAUGCCUAAUAUAGGCAUUGAAAUUGUGUAUGUUUCGGGUGCCAUGGCUGUUGGUUCAGGAAGGAUAAUCAGGCAUGGGGUAGAUGUGGUGGAUGGUGACUGA